AUGGCCUACAAGGCAGUUCCCGGGACCACGAAGAUGAGGAAAUUUGUUCAUAUGUCAUUGCAUUUGGUGGCCCUUGCAUUGGGUGGUUUGGGGCUCCAUGCGGUUUUUAAGUUCACAAGGGACUCCAAAGAUCCAGAUAUGCGUACUUUGCACACUUGGCUUGGGAUGGGCACCAUCUGCCUCUACGCUUUUCAGUGGUUCAUUGCGUUCUUUUCCUUUAUAUUCCCUGGGACAACAUAUAAAAUGAGGGCAAACAUGAAGCCAUGGCAUGCGUUCUUUGGUGCAGUAAUCUUCCUAAUGGCAAUCUGCAGUGCUGAGACAGGGUUGGUGGAGAGAUUCAACCUCGUUAUAGUAAAGUUUGGCAGUGAAGCUCUCUUGAUUGACUUCAUUGGGAUCACCAUCCUCCUCUUUGGAAUUUUCACCAUCCUGAGCGUUAUUCUUCCACGGCCAUACUACAAUUAG